AAUAAUGUGCCCUUGCAUUUAUGCUGCUCUGCCCUGUCAGUGCCUCGCUGUCCGUUACUAAGCAACAGAGGAUUUGUAAAAGACCCAAAAAAAAAAGUCCAACCCCCAUCAGCUGCUGCAGACCAGGUAGACGAGGAAGGUGAGCACAGCUGUAGGAGGGUGAGAACAACAAACCUAUCAGCUGACAGGACGUUGGGGUUGCUACAGGCAACGGAGAGGAGGAGAGUUGAACCGGAGCAGCGUUUCACCUGUUCUCCUCGCCAAGAGGGGAGGAGCGUGAUGAGAAAGGAAGGCAGAGCGGAAGAUACUGUCUGAGGGGAGAGGGAGGGGAGAGAGAGAGAGAUGGAGAGAGAGAGAAACGAGGGAGAGCAGGUGUCCAAUAAGCAGCAGUUGAGUCAUAAGCCUGUCCAAUAGCAUUCGAGCUGGCUCAUCCUGAGGAGGGAAGCUGUACUGCUGGGGAUAUUAAUGAAUGGAGCUCGUCUCUGCUAACAUCACGACGGUUCCUUUCUCUCUCUCUCUCUCUCGCUCUCUCUCUCUCUCUCGCUCUCCCCUCGCUCGCUUUGCUAUCUCAGCGGAGCCAACAGCAGCAGCGGCGGUCACCUUCACACAACAGAGACGGUCCGAACCAGCAGGGAGAGCCACAGCCGCUGCAGAAGCCGGACGGAGAAACGGCAGUGGCGUGGGGGGUGAGAACAUGAACGGAACGGUGGCUGCUCUGGAGGGAUCCUCUCUCCCCUCUUCCUCGGCUGACCCUCCCCCCCCCUCCCCCGCGCCCCCGACGCGGAGGUCCGUCUCCGUGGGAGAUUUCCGCCGAGCCCCGGGCAGCCAGGCGGGCUCCGAGCCACCCUCUGCGCCCGCUACGGCCCCCUCCUCCAAAUUGGUGACCCCCAGCUCCAGCAUGGAGUUCGAGGCUGCCCGCCGGCGCCUCCUGGAGGUGGAGGAGCGCCAGCGUGUGAUCCUGGAGAUGGAAAGGCGGCUGGAGGAGCUCCGAGAGGUGUUCGUGCGCUCCGAGCGACAGGCGGCGGAACACGGGGAGCUGGUGACGCGCAUCACCACAGCAACCCAGCAGGGGGAGCUCUACGUGGCAGAGAACAGCCAACGGGUGAAGAAGGGACUCCGGUUCAAGAGACACCGACCCACGGUCAUUUUCUCCUCCAUGCUGGGCCUGAGGACGUGCCUGCCGUGGCCCGUGAAACUCAAAUAGCGGCGAGGAACCACGCUACCGCCCUCCGUCUCGGGGCACGGAGAUGCCACCCUCCGCAACGCCGGAGGAAAACGCCAUUUGUUGUUCGUGUGAGACAGUCCCGGCCACGUCUGUUCGGUUGUGAGGUGGGUGGAGCUUCUGUGGCCACCCCCAGGCGGACGUGAAGGUGAACUCCCGUUUCACGACUGUCCGGAGGCUGAAACCUGGCUGCAGUGUGGGAGACCACACCACUGCUCAGAGAUGUGUGUGUGUGUGUGUGUGUGUGUGUGUGUGUGUGAGAGAGAGAGAGAGAGACAUGCUUUACACUUUUACCCUUUUUAGUAGGUGUGUAUGAAGACUGUAGGUAAUUUUAUGCAGACAGAGGUGCCAUUCACCCAGGAAACCAAUCUCACGUGUGUGUAACAGUCAUACAGGUGUGCUGUGACUUCACAAGGCUCAGAUAAAUUUACAAACACACACACACACACACACACACACACACACACACACACACACACACACACACACACACACUCUCUCUCUCGCUCUCUCUGGCUAUUUUUGUGAUGUUUUUGUUGUUUGUGGGUUCGGGCCUCUAAAUGUGUAGCGGUGACGUGACUGCACUUUAGCUGGAGCUCGCAGGUGCUGUUCUCCACCCAACGCCCCCACCCCGCUCCCCUCCGAUUAGCUGCAGCUACACCCUCUCUCCUCCCAGGACGCACCUCUCCCUCGCAACAUUCCACCUGUGGCCUCUGCUCCACCGUAGCCUAGCAACACACCUCCAGGCGUGGUUUCUGUUGGCUUCAGAAGGUAUCGUGAUACCAUCAGGUCGUCCACGCCUGCAGCUCGUUAAACCAGGCGUUAUAUGACCCACUCUAGGCCUUCUGGAGCUCUGCUGUAAACGACCUGCCUGUAGUUACUGACCAAAAGACCUACGAGUUGAUCUUUAUUUAUUGAAAUAAUUUAUUUAUUUAAAAUGGUGGACACAAGUGGCUGAACCAUUUGUCAACAGCAGACACCAAUGAUGUAAUCGGGAGCUAUUCCAGCUGCUUGGGGUGUUUAGUGGCGGUUACCCUGAAACCGUUUACCGUAGUCUGCAUAAUAAACGCCCUUUAGUGCGCUCACACGGAGACACGCGAUUCCUGUUCCUGGGUUUUUAGGCGAACAAAGUCCUCUGAAGUAAAAGCUCGCGGACUGCAUUAUCAUAGCUAAUGCACGCUUUAAGAAGCCGGAACAGCAUUUGAGUGAGGUCUGCCUAAAGACGAUAUGCACGGUUUGUUUGCACACCGAGAUGCGCGAAGCUUGGUGAAUUAUUUAGGUGGCUGCAUCCACGUUCUCUGCUGCACGCAUUCACGUGCUACGGAAAGCGCCGCGCGCCGACACCCUCAUGCGCGCACGCCCUACAGAUGGCGUCCGUGGGGAUGAGGCAGUAAUAAAGCGUGACCCUUGCCUGGUUUAGCGCGCACAUAUACAGCACGUCUCCGCCUGGACAAUCGCGCGCGCGUCCGCUCCGACGUGGCGUUGGACUCGCGUCACGCAGUCACUGCGCGUGACGCUCGGGUGGCAGGAGAGGUAGCUGCCCGGCGCGAGGCAACCACGCGCUCACACCUGGACCAAAGGGCUACCUGGUGUUACGGAGUCACAGAACCUCAGCCUCGUGGUUAUUACGCACGCAUGUGCUCAUUUGUCUAUAGGCAAAUAAAGAUAUAUCUAUUAUAUUCUCCCUCUCUGUCUGUCUCUCUCUCUCUCUCUCUCUCUCUCUCUUUCUCUCUCUCUCUCUCUCUGUCUCUCUCUCUGUAAUGCCUUAUUUGAUAUGGAUACUUCAUGUACAUGGCAUGUAUUGGUAUUAACGUGUAGAUAAACACCUAUUCUAUUUUGCACUUUUGCUAUGAAUGAGUACAAGCUUUUCCAAAGACCCCAGUGACGGGGCCCACGCGCAGAACGAAUGUAGUGUACGGUACGUCCUUCUGUUCCAAAAAUGACUCUUCACGGGGAGCGCCUGUAAACCUUCCCCAGCCCGAGCUGCUAGGAGAACUCCAUCUCUAACGUAACCCAACGCAGUUAAACUCAACACCCGUCUCACCGGAUCUUCUAUCCGCGCCGUUUCCUACGAGAAUGUCCCACUACCGAGUGUUGUGUGUUUUAUUUGUGCUGCCAGACUACUCCAUUCUACUAAAAGUAUGAAUAUUUAUCACAUGCUUAUAAGUUACUCUGUCCUGUUAACCAGGUUCUGUUUCCAUAAGGAUGUGUCUGAUGACCUUGCUGGUGACCCGUGUUGUCCAGAACAAGCGGGCGUACUUUUCUCGUGUGGCAGUAUAAAUUGGGCUUCAGUGACUGGAUUAAUGCUGUAAUUUAUUAUGCUUAAAGAAUUUGUACUGCGUUUCAAACUUUACUCACAUGUAAAAAAUAAGAAUUUAUUAUUCCUGCUUAAAGUAAGAAUAAUACUUUAUGCUGGCAACUAAGUUAUAGGAACAAUAACUCAUAGAAGUCCAGAAGUCUGCUGGCUGCGUCAUCGCACCCACGCGUAGAGUUCUGUACUUCUACAGCUUGAGCGUGUGUCCCACAGGGGCAUGUGCGUGGGGUACAGGCUGUUCUCUGCCUUAGCAGCACAAUUUCCACCACCUAUUUAAUUCCCCUCCGCCCAGCUGUGGGACACGACCUUGAUCCAUGCAGAAGAAAAAAUAAUUACCUGAAACCAUUUACUUAGUCUGAUUCAACAAAGAACAAAUGUAUUUAUUUAUUCAUUACUGUUCCUUUUAUUUUUCCAAGUAACUGCAUUUUUUUUACUGGAUGUGUACAGUUAGAUACAAAUCAAGAUUUUUGAAAAUCAUUUCAGGGAUUUGUUUAGCUCUCUCUCUCUCUCUCUCUCUCUCACACACACACACACACACACACACACACACACACACGUUUCCAUUAACAUUACAUAAUAUUAUAAACCAGGAGCUUCUGCAAUUCAACCAUGCCACAUUUAGAAUAAUCAGAUCAAAUAGACUCCAGUUCCCAUCAACCCCAUACUUCCUGCACGUUCGAUAAAUAUCCCAUCAUGUCACGAUGGAAGUCUUGUUAGAAGCUUCGGAAAAGAGGAAUACAGGAUCGGUGCCAGGAAUGGUAGAGCCAUCAAUGUAGGAGUCAUUUACUGUUUCACUAUUAUCCACAUUAUGAAAACGAAUGUCCAUAAAUCUGACUGGAAGAUACAGACUGAAAAUGUUCUGGUAGAAAUGGACACAUGAUGGAAUAAACUUAAACAAUAAACUCAGUGAUUUAAGUGCUCCUGGA